AUGAUGAUCACAACGCCACUUGCUCCGUCUCAAUCAAUCAACGAAUCAAAAAAAUCUCAUCCAAACAUAAAAAAGAAUCCUACGGCUUCCAUCUCAUCCGAUAAUUUAAAUCACACAAGUGUAACACCAAAGAAACGUGUUGCCUCUACUAACUAUGACUGCGAUAUCAAAAAUGAUCCAAGAGACGAAUUUCAAAAAAUAGCAGCUCUACGACGAUUAUCCGGAGAAACUGUUCUAACACCUCGACGGAGCUCGAUAAUGGAGAAUGUUGAUCUUUCUUAA